AUGAUCUCGCUGCGGAAGAUUUUCAGAAAACUUAGGUUAAAGGCUCGACCUGAUACUGCUGCCGAAGCAGAAGAGGAGCCAAUCGCAUCACCACUAUUUCGCCUUCCACCAGAAAUAAUAUUAUUGAUAGCAAACAUGCUUCCAACACCAUCUAUCGCCUGUCUUGCUCUCAGUAGCCGCCGCGCUUGUAAGGAAAAUCGAGUAUCAAAUUUGGUGAGAUCUAGACUCGACCCGCGAACAGCUCCAUGGGCUCGAGGAAAACGUCUUGAACAAACAUUGCAAUGUUCUUAUUGUUACAUGGACUUUGUGUUCGGUGUAUUAGAUUUUGGAGAGCGGGGGCUUGCGGUAGUUGUCACAAAAUGGGUCAAUCUGGGUGCUGGGCUAGACAUCGAAGAUGCGAAAUGGAAAAGUCAUCUCAUCAACCACGCGGAUAGGCCUGUUCAUCACCUGCAACAUUCAGGGGAUAUUCGAAAAGCCUUCGAAGUUUCUAAGAUGCACAGAAGUUGCGAGUACGCACCAGUUGGUUUGACUGCAGAAAUAUCCCUGUAUACCACUGUCUCUACAACCAAGCCCUUUGGUGAACUGGCUAUCCUUCUGGAUUGGUGA